CUCAACCUAAACUAAAGGCUAAAGCCCUCUAUGGCAAUUCCAAGCUCCCAAUUGCGCGCCGGAGCAUCUGCGUUGGUACGAAUUUUCUCUCCCAAACCUAGAACGCCGCCGCAGCAGCAGGAGCUCAAUUUGUUUAAGAGAUUGUCUGCAGUGGGAUAUACCGAUGGAGAGGUGGCGACUGCCAUUGAUGACUACACAAAGGAGGGGGGAAAAUUCGUCAAGAAAGCUGAGCUCGAUCAGUAUAUCAAGGCCUUCCGCAGAUUCAAACGAUACCGCCACAUUCUUGAGGUUGGGGAGUGGAUGGCUCAAAAGUUUGUCUUGAAGCCCAAAGAUAAUGCGAUUCAUCUUUGGGCGAUUGCAAAAGUUAAGGGCAUAGCUGCAGCUGAAAAUUACUUCAACGACCUGCCUCCAUCUAGUAGGGUGAGGUGCACUUACGAAAAACUUCUAAAUUGCUACUGUACUGAGAAGAUGGAUGAUAAAGCAUUAGAUCUCUUCAAAAAAAUGACUGAGCAAAACAUGAUACACACACCUGUGCCUUUUAACCAUCUUAUGAUGAUGCAUAUACGGUUGGGGGAGCCAGAAAAGGCGAUACGCUUGGGGGAAGAACUGAAGAAGGCGAAUAUUGAGCCCAACACAUCAACAUGCAACUUGUUGAUGAGCAGCUAUUCGUAUUUGAAUGAUUUCGAGGGAGUGGAAAGAGUUUUGAAGGAGAUGACAGUAGAGAACAGCAAGCUAGUUAACUGGACGACAUAUAGUAACUUGGCAAACAUCUACGUCCAAGCUGGAGACCAUGAAAAAGCUAGGAUGGCUCUGAAAGCUCUUGAGAAGGAGAUUGGUGGCCAUGAACGUGCUGCAUACAAUUUCAUGAUAAGCAUAUAUGCUCGAAUGGGUGAUCUUGACAAUGUCCAUCGUGUUUGGAAGUCUCUUAAGUCAGGCUGUAACGUGAUCUGGAACAUGAACUAUAUAACCAUGAUCCGAACUCUAGAUAAUCUCAAUGAUAUCGAUGGGUUGAAGGAAUGCUUCGAGGAAUGGGAGAAAGUUUGCUCCAAUUAUGAUGCUAGGUUGCCCAGUACAGUCAUUGGAGCUUAUCUGAGGCAUGACAGGCUUGAAGAAGCCGAGUCAGUUCUUCAGAGCAUGCUCGGCAAAUCAAAAGGUCAUUUCUUCUAUGCCUGUGAAACGUUGGUGAAUUUCUACUUGAAAAGGCAUGGUGUGAAGCAGGCUAUGAAGAUCAUGGAAAAAGCUACGUCCGAAGCUGUCAACCACGGGUGGAAACCUAGGCAAGACACUAUAGAUGGAUUCUUGGACUGCUUCAAGUUAGAGAGGGAUGUAAAGGGCGCUGAGGAAUUAUACAAGUUGAUGAAGAGGAUAAACUGUGUCAACGACCAUUUUUACGAGAUGUUGCUUCAGAUUUACUCUGACGCGGGGCAAAAAUUACACAAUGUACGUGAAAGGAUCAAGAGAGAUGGAGUUGAAAUAAGCAGUGAGCUUGAGGACUUGGUCGCGAGCGUUUCCUCUUGAAUGAAAAUUCGUGGCAAAUAAGUUUUUUUUGAAAAGCAUCCCCUCUGAAUUUUGUGGAGAAACUUUUUGGUAAUUGUCAUCAUUUUGUAUGUGGAAUAUGAGACGCAAUAUAUAUGCUUAAACUAGUUGGCCAAA